AUGGUGGUUGUUAUUGAAGAAGAAGAAGGUGUUGAAUUUCACGAUCUCCCUGAAGGUUGCAUCGAGAACGUUCUCUCGUUCACCUCGCCGCGUGAUGUUGCGAGACUCUCUUUGGUUUCAUCCAUGUUCAAAUCCGCCGCGGAAUCUGAUUCCGUUUGGGACAAGUUCUUGCCGUCCGAUUAUCGUUCCAUUAUUUCGCAAUCGGAAAGUGAUGCUGAUGAGUCUUUAUCUGUUCUUCCUAAGAAGGAUCUUUAUAUUAAUCUUACGCAGAAACCGCUUGUCAUAGACGGUGGUAAAAAGAGCUUUCAAUUGGAUAAAGUUGAUGGGAAGAAAUGCUAUAUGUUAUCGGCGAGGAGUUUGUUUAUUGUAUGGGGAGAUACACCUAGGUAUUGGAAGUGGAUUUCUCUUCCAGAUUCAAGGUUUUCUGAAGUGGCUGAACUUGUGAGUGUCUGUUGGUUUGAAAUCCGUGGCUGGAUCAACACCAGUAUGCUAUCUCCACAGACUUCGUACGGAGCAUAUCUUGUAUUCAAGGCAACUGGUUCUGGAACCUAUGGGUUUGAAUAUCAGCCAGUUGAGGCCUCCAUUGUCAUUGCUGGAGGCGAUCAUGUUGAAAGAAAUGUAUUCUUGGAUGUAGAAAGAGGAAGAAGGCUAAGAUACCAAAUCGUUCCUCGUCGUUUCCGUACUGGGAUAUUCAGUCGAGCACCUUUUGUGGAAGCACCAGUAGCUCCCACAGAAAGUGUUGAAGAUAUGCAGAAGUAUCCGAAGGAUAGGGCAGAUGGGUGGUUGGAGAUGGAACUGGGAGAGUUCUUCAACGAAGGUGGAGAUGGCAAGGAAGUGGAGAUAGGAGUUUAUGAGGUGAAGGGCGGUGGUUGGAAGGGUGGUCUUGUUGUUCAAGGAAUUGAGAUAAGGCCUAAGCCUAAAUCAUGUUGA